AUGUCUUUUCGUGGAAGAGGAGGCGGCGGAGGAAGAGGAGGCGGCGGAGGAAGAGGAGGUGGCUUCAACCGUGGAGGAGGCGGUGGUGACAGAGGUGGCUUUAACCGUGGUGGCGGACGAGGUGGCUUUGGACGAGGAGGUGGAAGAGGAGGCUUCAACAGAGGAGGAUAUGACCAGGGCCCUCCAGAAAGGGUGGUUUUGUUGGGAGAGUUCAUGCAUCCCUGUGAAGAUGACAUAGUUUGUAAAUGUAAAACAGAAGAAAACAAGGUGCCUUAUUUCAAUGCCCCAGUGUACCUGGAUAAUAAGGAGCAGAUUGGCAAAGUGGAUGAAAUAUUUGGACAGCUGAGAGACUUUUAUUUUUCAGUGAAACUGUCUGAGAAUAUGAAAGCCUCGUCAUUUAAAAAAAUGCAAAAGUUUUACAUUGAUCCAGCAAAGCUGCUACCUCUUCAGAGAUUUUUGCCAAGGCCCCCUGGAGAAAAAGGUGCUCCCAGAGGAGGUGGUAGAGGAGGACGUGGUGGUGGACGAUUUGGAGGAGGCAGAGGUGGAGGAAGAGGAGGAGGAUUCAGAGGAGGUAGAGGUGGAGGAGGAGGAGGAGGAUUCAGAGGAGGAAGAGGUGGUGGAGGAGGCUUUCGGGGAAGAGGACAUUAAAAAUGGAGCCAAGAGUAUCUCGUCAUUGUCUCAUUGUGUCAUCUGCAGAAGUGAAGAACCAUGAAAUUUUUUUGUAAAGGACCCUGAAAAUCUUAUUAUAAAGAACUUGAAGCUACAAAUUACAAUUAUUUUUACACUUAAUGACUGUUGAUGGACACAUGAGGGUGUAGCCCCAGGUGAAGAGCUGAAGACUGCUCAGAAUAUGUGUAAACUUUUCUGACUAAGCCACAAUUCAAUGUUAUUCUUAAACUGCUUGUUUCUGACAAGCACUGCAGUCAAUGCUUAACUCCAUGUUGGAGUUUAGAGUAAAUGGAGUUUUGAAGUGGGUUUUCUAAAGACCCUACAGGUUCACUGCAUGGACAUACUUCAGUGUGAACAUGUGCAUGACUGAUCCCUGGUUCUCAUCCUCCUUUUAUAUGGAAUCUUCUGGGCUGCUCUGAAAUCACAUGCUGUUUAAACAACCUCUGUGAACC